AUGGCUAAUUUUAAUAAAGGUGUUCGUUAUACACGACCUCUAACAAAUGAACGUACCGGUCCACGAUUUAAUCAACCACUACCGAAUCGAAAUAUUCCAAGAAAUAAUUUCACUGAUAUUCGACCUCAACUAUCCAAACCAAAUAAUACUCAACAACUUUCUAAUAAACCAUCAACUGAAAUUAAUACUUCUACACCAGCAUCAACAAUCACAUCCAAUUCACCUAUGCAAAAUCAAACAGGAAAAUCUGAACAAAAUAAUUCAUCUUUAACAACAUCAAAUCAAACGAGUUCUAUUGAGAAUAAAACAAAUACUUCAACAAAUGUUACACCUGUAGAUGAACAACCACUAGUAGGUUCUGGGGGACAAAAACGACCAUAUCCAGGUCAACAAACAAAUACUUCAACAUCACAAAAAACUUCCCAAGGUGGUCGUUCACGUUUAUUUAUUGGUAACAUUCCAUCAGAUUUAACACAAGAAGAAUUUCAAACCUUAUUUAAUAAAUAUGGUGAACUUAUUGAAUAUUAUGUCAAUCCAUCACGUGGUUUUGGUUUUGUUAAACUUAGUUCAAGACAAUUAGCUGAACAAGCUAAAACUGAUCUUGAUGGUCAUAUUUUACGUGGUAAACCAUUACGUAUUCGUUUUGCAAGUCAAGGUGCCAUUGUUAAAGUUAAAAAUUUAUCAAUGAAUGUAUCAAAUGAAUUACUUAAAGAAGCAUUUGAACAAUAUUUUGGUGGUGUUGAGCGUGCUGUUAUUAUUGUUGAUGAUCGAGGAAAAUCAACUGGUGAAGGAAUUGUUGAAUUUGAAAAAAAACCAUCGGCACAAAAAUGUCUUAAUGAAUGUACUGAAAAAUGUUUCUUUAUAACACGAGACUCAAAACCAAUUAUUGUUGAACCAUGGGAUAUGAAAGAUGAAGAUGAUGGUCUACCAGAAAAAUUAUUAACUCGUAAUGAUGUAUAUUUUAAAGAAAGAGAAUUACCACCACGUUUUGCUGAACCAAAUACAAUUGAAUAUACAAUUGGUCUUAAAUGGAAACAAUUAGAACUACAAGAAAAACAAUUAUUAGAAGAAGUUAAAAAACGUAUGCAAUAUGCAUCGGAACAAUUACAAAUUGAAAUUAAUCAAAUGUUACUAGAACAUGAAGCACAAUUAUUAAGAGACGAAUUAACACGUCGUCAAGAAGAUCUUCGUCGAAUCGACGAACUUCGAUCACAUGAUUUUGAACGUCGUCGUAAUAUGAUGCCAAUGCAUCAUCCUGAUGCAUAUAAUGUUUCUGUAGGUAAUGCAUAUCAUCAAAAUCAGGCAGCAUCUAAUACAUAUCCGUAUAAUAAUUUUCAACAAACUCCAUAUGCAAAUCCGACAACAUUUAUUCAACAAUCAUCACCAAUAGAUGCUGCUUAUACAACAAAUCAGGUAGCACGUGGAUAUAAUUUACCAUCAGGUCCUAAUGUACGUACAGGUGGGGUUGACUUUAAUCAACAGCAACAACAACAAGGAUUUGAUCGAAAACGUCCGAGAUACUGA